AUGGCGGCCCAAAACUCUGCGGGCAUCCAAACCCUCCUCGAUGCCGAGCGAGAGGCAUCCAAAAUCGUCCAAAAAGCGCGAGAAUUCCGCACGAAGCGCGUUCGAGAAGCUCGCGACGAAGCCAGGAAGGAAAUAGCCGACUACAAGGCCACCAAGGAGGGCGAGUUUAAGAAGUUCGAGGCCGAGCACAGUAAGGGGAACGAGGCGGCCGAGGCGGAGGCCUCCAAGGAGGCCGAUAGGCAGAUCAAGACGAUCAAGGAGGCCGGGGCCAAGGGGCAGGCGGGCGUGGUGAAGAACCUGCUUGGGGCCGUGUUCGAUGUCAAGCCUGUGGCGCCUUUGCGUGAGGGCCACUGA